CUUCUUCCAUGCUGACGCCAGCUCACGGCCUGUAAGCGGGCUGUCGUUUCAUAAGCGACACGCAAUAAGGCGUCUCUUUUUAUAUUCGAGACACGGCCCGGAGUAUCUCCAGCUGUGUUUAGUUAUUUUAAAUGUAGAACACGGUCAGUUCGCAGGAGGUGUGCCGACAUCCGCAGAUCCGCAGGCAGCAACAUCUCCAUCCAACAACCGAAGACUCUGGAUAGACAAAGAGGAUUCCCCGCCGAUCGCGUCACAGCCUCGAGCGGGGUUCAUCCUGUAGGACGCCCAAUGAUGAUGCCAAGUGCAAGCCCCCAGUGCCAACGAACAGGAACCCCGGCUGGAUCGCGAAUGGGGCAGUGAGCUGCUGCCAGCUGCACGCCAAGGGCCAGCCUUGCGAUGGCUGUGUGUAAGACCACGAAUAAGAGAGGCAAUCCAGUGUUGACUUGCGUCUGGGCGGUUGCUGAUGACGAGUCUGUCAGAUGGUAUAAUAAUGGUAUAAAGAGGCCUCCCCUCGCAUCUUACUCUCCGUCAUUGUACCUGCUUCACUCGCAUCUUCUACUUGUAUACUUCCACCUCAUAUCAACUAUCAUCAUGCGUCCAGCUAUCCUCCUCGCAGCCCUCGCGAGCGUUGCCCCCGUGCUCGCUCAGGGGGAAACCACCACCGACGUCGUUCCCACCGAGCUUCCAACUGAGUCCACCAGCGUCCUCGAUCCCACACCGACAGAGACGGGAAGUGAGUCUCCCACUGAGUCUCCAACCGAGACACCUACCGAGUCUCCCACCGAGUCGCCUACCGAGUCUCCCUCUACGACCCCAACAUCAAGCGCUGACGACCCCGAGUCCACCUCCUCGGACGACGGAGAGACUUCCACCUCGUCUGAAGGUGAUGACACUGAAACCUCCACCUCCGAGACCGAUGAGCCCACAUCUACCUCCGGCGACGACACUGAGGAAACUCCCAGCCCUACCGAGUCUGGUGGCGCCGAAGAGACGCCCUCUGAUGAUGCUGCUGCGCACCUUGACUCUUCGCUGCUGAUGUAUGCUGCUCUUGGAUACGCCGCUUACGGUGUUGUCUUUUAAGUCGUCUGAUUUACCGCUGCCUGACGGCCUGGGUUAUGAUGUGAGGGUGGGAUCUGCGACAUCCUACGUUUCGGUUCCCGUGCUGUAAUGAUGUUCUUGAUGUUUACGCGCAUAUGUCUAUAGUGACUGGGUGUGAGAUGCGCCGUUGUAAUGUGGUUGAGGGUUGAUGUCGCGGGUAUUUAUAGCUCCAGUUUCAAGAUACCUUCGUUAUGAACACCGUUAUUAUCAUGCAAUAAACACACAAAAACAUACAAUACAGUAAACCCCGGCUGUAUCGAACUUGGACAUAGCAAGAUCUCCUUCAAGCAAGAAACUCUCAAAUUAAAAAGCCCACCUAUUUUACCAUAACCUAUUUAUACUGCC